AUGUCGCAGCUGUACUACCGAAGGACGGACAACUCCUCGUACCGGGACCGCAUCCCGCUGCGCAUCGUGCGGGCCGAGUCGGAGCUCUCGCCCCUGGAGAAGGCCUACCUGAGUGCCGUGGAGAAGGGCGACUACGCCAGCGUCAAGCAGGCCCUGGAGGAGGCCGAGAUCUACUUCAAGAUCAACAUCAACUGCAUCGACCCGCUGGGCCGCACGGCGCUGCUCAUCGCCAUCGAGAAUGAGAACCUGGAAAUCAUCGAGCUGCUGCUCAGCUUCAACGUGUACGUGGGGGACGCGUUGCUGCACGCCAUCCGCAAGGAGGUGGUGGGGGCAGUGGAGCUGUUGCUCAACCAUAAGAAGCCCAGUGGGGGAAUGCAGGUGCCGCCCAUCCUCCUGGACAAGCAGUUCUCGGACUUUACCCCGGACAUCACCCCCAUCAUCCUGGCCGCCCACACCAACAACUAUGAGAUCAUCAAGCUGCUGGUGCAGAAGGGCGUGUCGGUGCCCCAGCCACACGAGGUGCGCUGCAACUGCGUGGAGUGCGUGUCCAGCUCGGACGUGGACAGCCUGCGCCACUCCCGCUCGCGCCUCAACAUCUACCGGGCGCUGGCCAGCCCCUCACUGAUCGCCCUCUCCAGCGAGGACCCCUUUCUCACCGCCUUCCAGCUCAGCUGGGAGCUGCAGGAGCUCAGCAAGGUGGAGAACGAGUUCAAGUCGGAGUACGAGGAGCUCUCGCAUCAGUGCAAGCAGUUUGCCAAGGACCUGCUGGACCAGACACGCAGCUCGCGCGAGCUCGAGAUGAUCCUCAACUUCCGGGACGACGCCAACCCGCUGGAGGAGGAGAACAACAACGACCUGGCCCGGCUCAAGCUGGCCAUCAAGUACCACCAGAAGGAGUUUGUAGCACAGCCCAACUGUCAGCAGCUCCUUGCAUCGCGCUGGUAUGAUGAGUUUCCUGGCUGGAGGAGACGCCACUGGGGUGGGAAGUUCCUCACCUGCGUCUUCAUCGGGCUUCUAUUCCCCAUCUUCUCUCUCUGCUACCUGAUCGCCCCCAAAAGCCGCUAUGGCCUCUUCAUCCGUAAGCCCUUCAUCAAGUUCAUCUGUCACACGGCCUCCUACUUGACCUUCCUCUUCCUCCUGCUGCUGGCCUCCCAGCACAUCGUUUCCACGGAUCCCAACCGGCAGGGCCCGGUACCUACCACCGUGGAGUGGAUGAUCCUGCCGUGGGUGUUAGGAUUCAUCUGGACUGAGAUCAAACAAAUGUGGGAUGGUGGGUUUCAGGACUACAUCCACGACUGGUGGAAUCUCAUGGACUUUGUCAUGAACUCUCUGUACUUGGCAACCAUUUCCCUGAAGGUUGUCGCAUACGUGAAGUACAGCGGCUGCAAGCCCAGGGACAAGUGGGAGAUGUGGCACCCAACCCUGGUGGCAGAGGCUGUGUUUGCCAUUGCCAACAUCUUCAGCUCCCUGCGGCUUAUCUCCCUCUUCACGGCCAACUCCCACCUGGGUCCUCUGCAGAUUUCCCUGGGGCGCAUGCUGCUAGACAUCCUCAAGUUCCUCUUCAUCUACUGCCUGGUGCUGCUGGCCUUUGCCAACGGCCUCAACCAGCUCUACUUUUACUACGAGACUGAUGAGGGCAAAGAAUGCAAGGGCAUCCGUUGCGAGAAACAAAACAACGCUUUCUCCACACUCUUUGAGACUCUGCAGUCGCUCUUCUGGUCGAUAUUCGGCCUGAUCAGCCUGUAUGUGACCAACGUCAAGGCCCACCAUGAGUUCACAGAGUUUGUGGGUGCCACCAUGUUUGGCACCUACAAUAUUAUCUCACUGGUGGUUCUUCUCAAUAUGCUCAUCGCCAUGAUGAACAACUCCUACCAGCACAUCGCUGACCAUGCAGAUAUUGAGUGGAAAUUUGCCAGAACAAAGCUGUGGAUGAGCUACUUUGAAGAAGGAGGCACAUUGCCACCCCCAUUCAAUAUCAUCCCCAGCCCCAAAUCGAUAUGGUACCUCAUCAAAUGGAUAAAGAGGCACAUCUGCAAAAAGACAAUUGCAAAAAGACCAGAAACGUUUGGAACCCUUGGGAGACGGGCUGCAGAGAACCUGAGAAUAAAUCACCAAUAUCAGGAGGUGCUGAGAAAUUUAGUUAAGAGGUACGUGGCUGCAAUGAUCAGAGAUGCAAAGACAGAGGAGGGGCUCACCGAGGAGAACUUCAAGGAAUUGAAGCAGGACAUCUCCAGCUUCCGAUACGAAGUUCUUGGGAUGAUGAAGGGCAGUAAAACCUGUCUGCAGGGAGGCAAAGCGAGUGCGGGAGCUUCGAACCUGGCAUACGCUGACCGCCCACUGUUGUACUCUCCAUCGCCCCCUGCUGAUCAGCAGAAGAGCAAGCUCAACCUGUUCAAUGUUACCACCAUGCUUCAGCAGAGCUCUGCUGCCUCUAAGGCCUCUGAGGCCUUCAAUGGCCUGGCCAACGGCUCCGCGACCCUGGUCCCUCACAAGCUGCAGCGGAAGGACUUUCCCAAGGACAUUUCUGACUUCAGGCUGUUCCAGAGGCGCCACAAGGGUGGCGCCAACCCCAGCAAGAUCUAUUCCGUCUCUGAGGAGGUGGCCGAGUCGGACCAGGGGGAGCUGGGCUGUGAUGGAAGAGAGGAGGAGCCAGCGGGGCCAUUGGCCAAUGAGGAGGGAGAGGGGAUAAUGGGUACAGGGGGUACAGAAGGGACAGGGUGCCAGGAAGAGAAGGCGGAGGAGAAGGAGGAAGAGGAGAAAGAGGACUCCCCGCAGGAGAAAGCAGCUGACAGUGAUACUUGUGCUUCACUGCUGGGACAGAAAUAG